CCGGGGCCAAGUCGCGACGGAGGGCCACCGGAGCGCCCGCGUCGCCACCGAAGAACCUUCCGCUCUGCUGGCUUCAGGCUGGGCCGGAGGGUCGGGGACUGCGGAAAGACCCUAAUCCCGUAGCCGACGGCCGAGCGCCACCGGUCGUGGCCACCGUUUCUGCGAAGUAAGUCGCCACCGCCGCCCGACGCCAUUGGAGAGCCCGGGCAGUCCCCACCCCACCGCUCCGCCACGACCGCGACACGACUGGCGGCGCUUGACGAGUCGGGUCCUGCCGAGCGGGUGACCGAGUCUAGGCGAACACUUCUCGACCCGCGCGUCUCGGCCAAGGCACCUCUGGGCUAAGCUGACCCUUGUCCAUCGGAAGUCCUCAAAGGACCUCGCCACGGCGUGGACACCUCGCUAGGCGCAUCAACUUUCCAACUGUUGGAACAGUGCGCGAUUGCAACUACAACUAAAGGAUGCCCCCUCCGACGGCUGCGGAGUGCUGCAGCUGCGGCCAGGAGUUUGGCCCGGACUGCCGGCCAGCCGUGGCGCACAACUGCGGCCACACGCCGUGCCAGUCCUGCGUGCAGGCGGGGCCGUCCUCGGAGAGCCGCUGCGGCGCGUGCCGGAAGAGGUCCAAGUCGAGCCAGGAUGUCAUCAAGGAACUGCGGGUGCCCGGCGAGGGCGGCCAGCCCCUCCGCAUCUGGUGCGUGGACUGCGACUCGCUGCCCACCGACCUGUGCCUGAGCGAGCACCACUUCUGCAACGUGCAGCGCUUGGUCCGCGACUCGGCCCGGAGCGUCGCCGCCAUGCACGACGCCGUGGCCGCGGGGCUGCAGCGCGCCCAGCAGGGCCUGCAGGGACUGAGGACUUGGGCAAAUGGCGCUGAGGACCGCCAGGACUUGUCCGCGCUGCGUGCGCACGCUGCCUGCUUGGGCCGCAUUCAAGGUGUGCUGCAGCAGGCACUUCAGGACGUGGAGGAGGAGGCGCGCCGCUGCCAGGCACAGGACGCCACCAGCUCCAACGAGAGGUACACGCUUGGCGCCUCGAUGGAGUUCCCCUCGAAUUCGAGUAACCCUUCGUCAGGCAUCCCGCCGGAGUCGCGCGCUUCGCUGGAGUCGCUGCCCCGCGAACUGCUGCAGGCGGUGCUGGCCUACGUGCCCAUCAAGCAGUUGCUGCCCUUACGGCUGCUGGGCCGUCGCUGGAAGACGCUCAUCCUGGAGGAGCCGCUGUGGCGCCACCGCCGCUUGAACAUAACUCUGAAUACCAAAGAGAGGCCCUACGCAGCCAUCCUACGCAUGGCCCCCGCCCUGGACACGCUGAAACUGGAGACGGUACCACCAAAUGGUGCCCACGGGCUCGUUCUUCUCAAGGCUCUUGCCAGAGGACAGUGCAAGGUCCGCUUUCUGGAUCUUUACGUUGGAGCCAGCGCGGUGUCCAGCCAGAUACUAUCUAACGUGUUCUCCAGUCGUAGCUCGUCACUACAGCAGCUACACCUUCAUAGUGCACAUGGCAGUGAUCUUGGGCCAGCAUUGGAUGCCAUUGACGCUUUGAAGGAACUGAAAAGCCUUAAACUCAUAUUCAUGCAGAACGUGAGCCCCGGUUUUACCUUCAAACGUCUUCGUCUGACGAAUUUAAACAUCUCAACGUUUGUGAAGGUUGACAUGGCUCGUGAUCUCAUCCGCCUAGGAAGAGACACUCUGACCUCCAUCAAAUGCGAUGUGGAAAUUAAGGAGCUGAAGACGGAUUUGGUGCUAUGCAAGAAGCUGACUCAUCUUACAGUCGGCACGCCGUGCGAGGGGCUAGAUGAAGUAGUCCCACAACUGCCUCUCCUGCAAAGCAUAACCAUUCAAGAGUCCUUUCGCCUCUCUCCGUCCACAGUGACUUGGUUCCGCUGGGCCGAGAGAAACUUUUCUGGAAAGGUCCAUUUUGUGCUGGAUUACUGGACUGCUGACAGUACUUUGACCUCGUCGACGGACAGCCUUCGCAACGUCCAUAGUGUGACGAUUAAUCGCAGCUUCUAUGCGGUGAUGCGGCCAGAGCCCUUAGCACAGUUCCUGAUGUCCCUGACCGCAGUGGAGCAGCUCGUGCUGAAUUUCGGUACAGACUAUGAGAGCUUGCUGCGCAGCUGGCCAGCGUCGACUGUUCCUCGACUGCAAUGCCUCUCCAUCUGUUCCCAUUACCAAAAUAACGCAUCUGCCUUCAGGAUCUCUUUCGCGCAAGCCAUCAAAGCAUGGCGUCCUAACCUUAAGUUAAAGUUCCUCUAAUUUAUCUCCAACAUGUUCAACUACACAAGUCACAGCAGUUUUUCUGUACUUUUCGAGCAUUAAAAAGAUGUCCUUA